CACACGCAGGCUAUUCUGGUUCUUUCCCUCGCAUUUUCUCAGUUUCACACUUCCCUAGCAUAAGCAUUCCCCUGCGCUUGCCUUUCUUUGGAGUUUUCUACUAAAAGGUUUUUCUUCCCCUAGAAGAGACGAAUUUACACAAUAUGCAGAGCGAACGAGGAGGAGCAGGUGAUUUCUUUCGCUCCGGUGAUCCUUUCCGUGGAUUUGGUUUUAACGGAAGCAUGUUCCCUAGCAUUUUUGGCGGGAGGAAUCCAUUCGAUGAUCCCUUCUUUUCACGCCCGUUUGGUAGCUUGUUUGAGUCUAGUAUGUUUGGUCCUCCUGCCACUUCUAGCGGAACACUGGAGAGGCCUAAAGAUAAGGGUGUUGUGAUACAAGAAUUGGAUUCUGAUGAGGAAGGACAAGAGGAAAAUUGCUCUGAGUCAAGUAAAGAACCAUCUGUAGAGCAUCCAGAUGAUGCUGUUGAAGCAGAGAGGGAAAGCAACAAUGUGGUAUAUAAGAAUAAACCUUACAAGGUGGAGGGGGCAAAGCCUCAGAAUCGUAGCUUCAGUGUCCACACUUCCAAAGUCACUUAUGGUGGUGUAGAUGGAGCAUAUUACACCUCUACAAGAACAAGAAGAGAAGGCGGUGAUGGGGUGGUCGUGGAGGAGACUAAAGAAGCAGACAAAACAACUGGGCAAGCAGCAUAUAGGAUCUCAAGGGGAAUUCACGAUAAGGGUCACACUGUCACUAGGAAGCUUAACUCUGAUGGCAGGGUGGAUGUGAUGCAAACUUUACACAAUUUGGAUGAAGGCGAUCUUGCUGGCUUUGGAGAGGCAUGGAACUGUAAUGCUAAAGGGGACUUGCCUAGCUGGAAACAUGGAUUUGAUAUGCAUGGUUCUUUGAGAGGCGAACAGAAGCCAGAUGCAUUCUCGAGCGGAUUGUUCCUUCCAUCUUCAGAGGAAGUGCGGAGGGCUAGAGGGAUGGGACCAGAUAAUGAGGCCGUAAAUGCUGGAGGGAGAACGAAAAAAGUAGUCAGAAUCAAUAUAGACUGAAGUGACAAGUGAACCAUAUCGUGUUACUUUAGAGUUUGAUUGAACUCUGUAAAUAAGAGCAGUAUGGCUGGUUUGCUUCUCUGUAUUGACUAUUGAGAAUUUAUGUUGGAAUUGCUUGGAAUCUAUAGCCUGUAGCUUGAAAGGUUGAUAAAAGGCAUGGUUUCUUCAAAGAAAAUGACGGGUUGAAUGGAA